UCUCGCCUUCCGCUCUCUUGUUCUAGCCAGUCUGUUUACGUUACUAGAAUUCCCAGCGACCCGGAGCUGAUGAAUCCUGCGGACGGUCAUAGAGACCAUGGCUAAGGCAGACGUGGUCUUAGAAAGGCUCCGACCCAACCACACCCCAACCUCAAAUGGCUCAGAACAGAGGGAUUUUCUCCACUUUGCAACCCGGUCCAAAUUGCCGUCCUUUGGUUCAGCUUCUCUUCCUCGAGCUUCUCUGUCCGUCCGAUCUGAAAUUAUUGGAAUAUACAGAGAUGUCGACUGAGGUGAGUACUGAAGUGGGUGUUGAAGGAAAAGCAAUCCCUGAGGCUGAUUCAUCAAUGAAGAAACGCUGCUCAUUCGGGACCUACUAUAUAAAGCAUUUCUUAGAGGCUAGUAGUUAGAUUCACGUGCAACAAGCGUGCAUCUUUUUCUAGCCCCUGAAGAAUUAUGGACCACUAAAAUUAGAUAACCUUAUCAUAUCGGAGAACCCAGGGAAUGGUUUCCUCCGAAGAUCAGACUCCAUGCACGGCAUCACGUAAACCUAUAUUGUACAUGUAUCUGUCUAUAACCCCAUCAAGACGGCGAAGAGCUUGAUGUUGAGCUCACAUUACCACGCGGGAUGCAGAUUUCAAUCUCUCCCUCGGAUUCGCACGAUGGCGCGAUCCGACAGCGACCCAGAAGAGAGUUUCAGGGACGCAUCGAUGCGGCCCAGGAGAUCCCCGGCCGAGCAAUUCGCGCCUCUGGCAUCAACGUUCAGGAGGAGGAUCCUUGUCGGCAUAGGCUCGGCCUCUCUCGUGGCUCUUGGCGCUGAUUUUGGUGGAAUCACGAGCUUGAUUCUCGGGUUGUCACCAGAGACCGGCCGGGGUCUGAAGUUGGACGUGCUCUAUCCUAUCAAAGGGUAUAGUCGAUGCAUCGAGACCAGUGAAGGAUUUGAGUUCAUUUACCCAGCAAAUUGGGUUGGGGAUCAGACACUGCUGUACAGAGCCGCUGGAAAGGCAGAGCUUGAGAGAGGACUUGAUCCGCCUCCCUUAAAUAGGCGACGCCAGAACGUAAACGAGCCGGUCGUUGCAUUUGGCCCUCCCAGCACCAAUGGCGAGCUUAAUGUUAGCGUCAUCGUGUCUAAGGUUCCGCUUGAUUUCUCGAUUGAGUCGUUCGGAGGACCGGAAGAGGUUGGACAGGCCAUAGUUCAGACCAUCGUGGGAUCUAGCCGCCGUCCCGAUGUUAAAGGAAGCUUGGUCAAGUCAACUUUGAGAAACGAUCCUUCCAAGAUGGUCAAGUAUUACGAACUCGAGUUUAGAGUCGAAAGCCCCUCAUUCCGACGGCAUAACAUUGCUGUCUGCUGUACGCAAAGUGGUAAAUUAUACACUCUGAAUGCUCAAGCACCGGAAUCGGCAUGGCCAGAGCUGAAAGCAGACUUUUAUACCAUUGCUGAGUCUUUUGUACUGACUUCUUGAGAGAGAGAGAGAGUUCUGGGAGUAGAAUAUGUAAUUGAACUCAAUCAUUUCUAAAGCCCCAAAAACCUUGGGGACAUAUGGCCCUUUAAGUCUUAA